CAUGCUGGGACACUCACCCUCCCCUGAAGGCGCCAACGGGCCUCCGAACGGGCGCCACGAGCGGCUUCUCUUGUCGCAGCGCAGCGGUGGUGUGGAAGCUGCGCGCGGUGUUCGCGAGGCGGAGCGCCGGGCGGAGUGCGCGGGAAGCCAUUGAGCGGAGUGCGCGGGCGCUGGGUGCAGUCGGGAAUGUGUGGGGGGGAUUGUGUGCGGAGGCAGCGCAGCAGGUGUCGUGCCUGUUGUGACGUGAUGUGUGGCAGCUCCAGCGACUCCGCUCGCCGCUGGCAGACCCUGGCCGGGGAUCUAGCUUUGGCCAAUGGGGCGGCGGCGAGGCGGGCUAGCGUUGUUUGGGACUGUGUUUACGCGGUGCGGUGCUCGUGCUGGGCGCGGACGGGCAGGGCUGGCCGGCAAACGCUGCGUUCGACAGGUCCUGGGUUGUUGCAUCCUGGAGCUGCUGGGUCUUCUACCCGGUUCGGUUGGCGGAUCCGAGCACGAGAGUCUCAACAGCCACUGCACGCACACGCAACGUGCACUGGGUGUCUCACGCUUGCCAGGGACCUGGGGAGAAAAAGAACAAGUGAGGGCCACCUCGCGUCAUGUCUACCGUUGACCGCAGCAGCGAAGAACGGGCUUCUUCGCGGGAUGCCCGGAGCCUUGGUAUGUAAGCGGAGCUUUGGUACUGUGGUUGAAUUUAGAGCACUCGUAGUCUCGUACUGUACAUCUAAAUACGGCAGCCAGCACCACGACUCGAUAGGCCGGUCCUGCUCGGCGGUCAAGUGCAUCGUGAUGAAGCUGCACGGACGGCACCCUGAGCUUCUUUUCAAAGUGUAUGUGCGGGCUAAUCCGUCCGUGGCCCUCCCACGCGCCCAACGCAGGAUGCGUGCAAAUUGCACGCGUAGUAUCUAGUGCUGCCUGCUGCUAUUGACACAUCGCAGCGUCGGCGUGGUUUGCGCCUCCUGCACCGAGACGGCAGGUGCCGCAGGGCGCAGGCUUGAGGCGUCGAGUCCGCA